UGCCUGGAACCUGUUCGCGCUGUCCUUUCACGUUUCUGACUGGUCUAAGUUCAAGGCAGCCUGAUCGCGCCAACCUUCCCUGCUCCCAAUUCCUGCCCUGCAAGCGCCAUGUUUUCCUUGAGCUGUCUUUCCCGCCCUUCGCUACCACGAAAUGGAUCGGUUUAUUCAGCGAUCCAGGCCCGCGGAGACUCGCACCCAGGGGCCAGCCGCUGCAAUCCAAUCCUUGCAGGCACAGGAAGCCCUUGAACCGCCGAAGAAGAGGCUGCGGGUCGGGGAAGUCGGGGACAGCGACGACGAGGAUGAAUCUGAAGAAGACGGAGAAGACGUGCCGGUCUCCCGGGAACUCACUCCAGAAACUCCUGCACGUGAGUCUGCGGCUGACAACGAUGACGGUGUGCCGGUCCGUCCAGAACAUCAGACGGCGUUUGAAAGCUCGCUGCCCGCAGUCUCAACAGACCAGGCGGCCAUCGAGGAGUACGAAACUCUGCGUGCUUCGCAAGCCGCUGAGGACGAAGGCGACACCGCGCCUGCCAGGACUGGCGAGAAGGGCGAGUGGGUUCGAGGACGCAGCUCCAUCUACGUUGACGCAUUCAACCUCGCGCUAGACACUGUGCUGGAGGACGAGGCGCAUCUCUUCGACGAGAAAGAGAAGUGCGUCUUCAGGCAGUGGCGAGGCCUGAGUUACGAGGCUCAGUAUCUGUACGUUCGUUUGUUUCUGCGCAAGACCGCCGUGUGGCAUCGUGUAGAGUGCUUGGGAUACCACAGUGACGUGUCCGACAUGGCUCUCGCCGUUGCCCAACUGCUCGAGUCUCGACCCUUGCCCGGCGCUUCCGAUUCAGUGCUGCCGAAGAAGCCCGGGGCGGACCUGCAGGACUGGGCGUUGGGCGCCAGUUUUCGCUUUGCUGAUGACUCUGAAUCAUGCAUCAAAACGAUGGAGGAGGCCGUCGCAUUACUGAGCCUCGAUGAGCUGAAGACGCUUGCAAAGGAGGCCAAGGUCCAAGGCAAGAACAAGGCCGAUUUGAUGCGGUCCUUCUGCCGCGCGAGCGCUCAGCAAUCAGGACUAAUGGCUGUCGGCCUCCGCCGGUCGGGGACGAACGGGACGACCGAGUCUGGCGGCAGUCCAGGCAACCAAGACUUGAAUCGAAACUCGCAUUUUCUGACCAAAAUUCUUGCCGUGACGGGCCCGCUGAUCAGGCUGUCUGAGCCCGUCUUCAAGCUGUUCGAGCGUGUGCAUCUGGUCUUCUACCGUUCGACCGAAUGGACCGAGAAAUCCUUAACGACCAUUAUCCUGGCCAAGAUUGCGAGAAGGAAUUAUCCUGAAUACAUUGUGUGCCGUUCAUCCAACAUCUUUGCUUCCCGACACCACCUCCUCGAGUUCGAACUGUCCAUGAGAAAAGAGUACGAGGUCGACAAGGUUCUCGAGUUCAAUGGGCCACCGGGGGAAGAAGGCUUCCUCAAGGUCCUCGACGUCUUCGACAGCAUAGCGUCUCGCUGGAGGGAGUUGGUCAAGGAAGAAGGCCAGCGGGAGGAACAGCUCUAUGAGUUCGGCGAGGGCGGGUACCUACGUCGGUUCAGCCCAGGCCACGCUUUCACGCGCAUCGCACACAAGGCGGCCUACGCCCUUGGCCGUCUACACAGGUACAGAGAGGAACACGAGCUGCUCACCGAGCUCCUCGAUCAGCGUCUUUUUCACCCCGCUCGGCGCGGCUCCUGGUACCAGCGCAAGGCACUGCUGGAGGAGCGGUAUAUGUGGCAGGCAGAAGCAGAGCCGAUAUCGGCUGACCCGGAGGUGCGGAAGAAGCACUGGCAGAGGAUCGCAUUGACCACAUGCGAAGCCGCUCUCGAGGACCGCGAUUGCCAUUUGAUUUAUCAUUACGACCUCCAGAAACGCCUUCUCAAGCUCGAGAAGAAGCUGCGUGUUCCCCGACGUCUGCAGCACGACUUUGGCCACGUCAAGCUGCGCGAGCCCGAGGAACACACGGUGAGUGGUGUCCAGCUCGUACGAGACAACCUGGAUGUCAAGGGGAAGGUUGGCCGCGGACCGAGCGCCAAGACGGUGUGGCUCGAUGAGUUGAGCGACCCGGGCGAGGACGGCCAGCCCCUCCACGUCAGCGUCGAGGAGAUGUGUUUGUCGCACUACCGCAGCCGGGGUUGGAAGGGUUACCACAGCGAAGGCGGCAUCCUGCGGACGCUCUUUGCCUACCUGUUCUUUGACGUGCUGUUCGUCUACGUGCCCAACGUCUUCCAGACCGCUUACCAGACCUGCCCGUUGGACUUGCACACAGACGCCUUCUAUCCCGCCCGUGCGAGCCAGAUAAACCACCGGCUGGUGGAGAUCGAAAACGGGGAUGCCGAACGGAUACUGCGGGAGGUCCACGGGCGGGAACAUGAGCGGCGCACCUGCGUGGUGGGCCUGAACUGGGACUUCGACAUCGAGGAUCUGGUGGAGCUGGUGACCUGCUUCGAUGGCGGGGCGCUUGCGGCCGUGUGCAAAGUCAUGGCGCAGGAGUACAAGGCCCGCGGAAGCGGCGUGCCGGACCUCAUCCUUUGGAGAGUGGGUGGAAACGAGGCGCCUGGCCCGCGCGACGGUGACAGCCAGAGAAAAGGGGAGGUCAUGUUUGCCGAAGUCAAAAGCGCCAACGACCGGCUCAGCGACACCCAGCGGCUCUGGAUCAACGUCCUCGCGGGAGCGGGCAUACGUGUUGCCCUCUGCAACGCGGUGGCGCGCGAAGUGCGGACUGUGAGCUGAUGGCGGGACUUGUCGUUUCUCGGCGUCGCCGGGCUGUCGAACGUCUCCUCAAGCCCGCCGGCUCGCGGUCUGAAAAUAGCAACCUCAUCUCCGAGCAACAGCCGUGUGCUCUCUGAGCAGAGUCCCAACUAUC